ACACACUGCUACACCAAGGUAUUAUAAAAAGUCGUUCUCUAUUUGUUGCGCCGAAACCUGCUUGUGGUUAUUUAUACCUAGAUGGUGGGCUGGUUUAGAGAGUUGGUAUUGUUAUAGCCAAAAACGGAGAGAGUAGCAUAAUCAAAAUGGCUACCCAUACAUAUGAUCCCACAUUCACUGACCGCGUCAUCAACGCCAUGGGCCCCAAGACAAACUCCCGUCUACGCCAAUUGAUGGCCGGAUUCAUUCGACACAUUCAUGAUUUUGCACGAGAGAAUGAGUUGACGGUUGACGAGUGGAUGAUGGGUGUGAAAAUGAUCAACUGGGCAGGACAAAUGAGUGAUGACAAACGUAACGAGGGACAACUUUUGUGUGAUGUUAUUGGGCUUGAGACAUUGGUAGAUGAGAUUACCUACAAAGUAGCAUCCGAAGCAGAUGCUCCAACAGCAACAGCCAUUCUAGGUCCCUUUUUCCGAGCAGACACAAUGGUUCGACAGAACGGCGACAGUAUGGUCACGGGGGUCGACGAUGGAGAAAUGGUCUUUAUGCAUGGCCAGGUAAUUGACUACAAGACCAAGAAACCUAUUCCCGGCACGACAGUGGAAGUGUGGCAAGCGUCUACCAACGGGCUAUAUGAACAACAGGAUCCGAAUCAAGUUGAGCAUAAUUUGCGAGGAAAAUUUACAACUGAUGAGAAUGGUCGCUAUUGGUUCUAUUGUAUAAGGCCAACUCCAUACCCUGUCCCUGGUGAUGGCCCAGCAGGAAAGUUGUUAGAACUCCUGGACCGGCACCCCUAUCGGCCGGCACAUAUCCAUAUAUUGGUAAGUAUAAACUUGUAUCUGUCGAAAAGCAGCAACAAUCUGACCAGGGAUCUCAGGCCACACAUGAAGGAUAUAAACCCCUCGUCACACAGAUAUUUGACAGACAAGACCAGUACCUCACCAACGAUUCUGUUUUUGCCGUAAAGGAUUCUUUGAUUGUGGACUUUGUUCCACGAGAAGGUGACCCUAAUGCUUCCCUAGAGUUGGCUUAUGAUGUGAAACUAGUUCCAAAAGAUUCUUGAGGGGAUGAAGUCGGCCGGCUUCCAAGGUUGGCUUGCUUAAUGUUACGUUUGAAAUUGUGAUUAAUGUAGUUAUCUUGUCGGACUACUUGGCUAUUAUUUAUCUACAUAUAUUUUUGUUACUCGGGUACGAUAUGCAGAGAGAAAUUGUAAAUAUGAAUCAAUUCCAUACUGAGUCUCUUCAGUCUUUCUAG